CACGUCCCCAAAGCACCGGGCUUUGCCCAAAUGUUGAAGGAUGGCGCCAAGCACUACUCUGGGCUUGAAGAGGCUGUCUACCGUAACAUCAAAGCCUGUAAGGAGCUGUCUCAGACCACUCGCACCGCCUAUGGGCCCAAUGGUAUGAACAAAAUGGUCAUCAACCACUUGGAGAAGCUGUUUGUCACCAAUGACGCAGCAACGAUUCUCAGAGAGCUUGAGGUGCAACAUCCAGCAGCAAAAAUGAUUGUGAUGGCAUCCCACAUGCAAGAGCAGGAGGUCGGGGACGGCACUAACUUUGUGCUGGUGUUUGCCGGAGCUCUGCUGGGCCUGGCUGAAGAGCUGCUCAGGAUGGGCCUGUCCGUGUCCGAGGUGAUUGAAGGCUAUGAGAUGGCGUGCAAGAAGGCGCUGGAGAUCCUCCCAGAAUGCGUAUGCUCCUCAGCCAAAGACCUCCACGAUGUGAAGAAGGCCACGUCACUGAUCCGUACAGCAGUCAUGAGCAAACAGUACGGCAAUGAAGACUUCCUCGGCGGCCUCAUCUCUGAUGCCUGCGUGUCCAUCUUCACAGAGACCGGCAAUUUCAAUGUUGAUUGCGUCAGAGUCUGCAAGAUUUUGGGUUGUGGAGUGACGGCGUCCACCAUGCUACAUGGCAUGGUUUUCAAGAGGGAGGCGGAGGGAGAUGUCACAUCUGUCAAAGAUGCAAAGAUUGCUGUCUACUCCUGUCCUUUUGACUCCAUGGUGACAGAGACCAAGGUCACCGUGCUGAUCAACAGUGCUAAGGAGCUCAUGGACUUCAGUAAGGGAGAGGAGGAUAUGAUGGAGGAGCAGGUGAAGGCCAUCAAGGCCUCUGGUGCCAACCUAGUGGUCACUGGAGGGAAGGUGGCCGACAUGGCGCUGCACUAUGCCAACAAGUACAAGCUCAUGGUGGUGAGGCUUUAUUCCAAAUGGGACCUCAGGAGGUUAUGCAAGACUGUGGGAGCUAUUGCACUUCCCAGGCUGGUCCCUCCAACCCCCGAGGAGAUGGGUCACUGUGAAAAUGUGUACCUGAACGAGGUGGCCGACACACAGGUGGUGGUCUUCAAACAUGAGAAAGAAGAAUGUGCCAUCUCAACAGUGGUGAUCAGAGGCUCCACUGACAACCUGCUGGACGACAUUGAGAGGGCCGUAGAUGAUGGAGUGAACACCUUCAAGGUUCUGGUCAGGGACAAGCGACUGCUACCAGGAGCAGGAGCCACUGAGAUCGAACUGGCCAAGCAGCUCACUUCAUAUGGAGAGUCCUGCCCUGGUCUGGAGCAGUACUCCAUUAAGAAGUUUGGUGAAGCCUUCGAGACGCUGCCCCGUGCACUGGCUGAGAACUCCGGUGUGAAGGGGAGCGAGCUCAUCUCCAAGUUGUACGCUGCACAUCACAAGGGAAACAAAAACAUGGGCUUUGACAUUGAGGGAGAAGGCCCCGCAAUCAAAGACAUGCUGGAAGCCGGCAUCCUGGAGCCUUACCUGGUCAAAUACUGGGGCAUCAAACUGGCCACCAACGCUGCCAUAACAGUACUGAGAGUUGACCAGAUCAUCAUGGCAAAGGCUGCAGGGGGACCCAAGGCUCCCAAGCAGAGCGGCCAUUGGGACAAAGACGAUUUGGACGAGGCACCAGAGAAUUUUGAAACUCACCAUUAA